UGAACUUAAGGCAGUCUAUGGGAACAUAGGAAGCUAGUUAAACACUAACCUUACUGAAAAAAUUAGUUGACAGAGCUUGGGUUAUGGUUUUGUGAACUACGUUGACCCCAAGGAUGCUGAAAAAGCUAUCAACACUCUGAAUGGAUUGAGACUUCAAACUAAAACCAUAAAAGUAUCCUAUGCGAGACCAAGUUCGGCCUCUAUCAGAGAUGCAAAUUUGUAUGUUAGUGGACUUCCGAAAACAAUGACCCAAAAAGAACUGGAACAACUCUUUUCCCAAUAUGGACGUAUUAUUACUUCUCGUAUUCUGGUUGACCAAGUCACUGGGGUAUCAAGGGGUGUUGGCUUUAUCCGGUUUGACAAGCGAAUUGAAGCAGAAGAAGCUAUCAAGGGCUUGAAUGGCCAGAAACCUCCAGGUGCCACAGAGCCCAUCACUGUAAAGUUUGCUAACAAUCCAAGCCAAAAAACCAAUCAGGCCAUCCUUUCCCAGCUGUACCAGUCUCCAAACAGAAGGUAUCCGGCACCUCUAGCUCAGCAGGCUCAACGUUUUAGGUUGGACAAUCUGCUCAACAUGGCUUAUGGAGUAAAGAGGUUUCCUCCAAUGACUAUUGAUGGAAUGACCAGUUUGGCCGGAAUUAAUAUCCCUGGACAUGCAGGAACUGGAUGGUGCAUUUUUGUGUACAACUUGGCCCCUGAUGCUGAUGAGAGUAUCCUCUGGCAAAUGUUUGGGCCCUUCGGAGCAGUAACCAAUGUGAAGGUCAUCCGCGACUUUAACACCAACAAGUGCAAAGGUUUUGGAUUUGUGACUAUGACAAACUAUGAUGAGGCAGCUAUGGCAAUAGCCAGCCUGAAUGGAUACCGCCUUGGGGAUAGAGUAUUGCAGGUCUCUUUCAAAACAAACAAAACGCACAAAGCCUAACAAGUUAUUCUCAGUGCAUUAAUACAUGAAAUCUAUACAACAAAGGCAAUUUACAAGAAGCUUUAUGCAUUAGUAAAUGCCUUUGUUGUAUGCCAGUGUGGAAAUGGGGAUAAAAUGACUACUUAGCAUCCUAAGAAUAUGUGAGAUUUUUUAUUGCUAAUAUUUGAAUUAAAACUUCUUAAAUAUCUUUUGUGUUUGAAUAUUGACAAGAGAUACAGGGUUUUUACCUGUCACAAUGCAUAUUCUAUUGCCUUCUUUGAAGAAGGUGGACCUUUUAAAAUGUUUCAGCUAAGGGAAGAAGUUUUUUCUUUGUACAUGACUGCCUUUAACCUAUGAGUAAAUAUUGAGGCUUUGUGUUAUACUUUUUAAGUUGUUUUUUUGUUAUUCUUGAUUUGCUUUGUGUUUAAUUUACUUUUUUAUGCAUUGGUGUUUUGUUGUUCCAGAAAAGAAUCUGAAGUUUACAUUUUAUUUAUAAAGUUAUAAGCAGUAUUUAUUUUAUAAUUAUCAUUUGGGGAAUGGGAACACAUUAUAAAAGCUUAUUGUAAGAAUACUGGAGAACUUUUCGUAAAGCAGUACCUUGCCAAAGAGAUAAGAGCCUCUUUGAUGUGGGUUUAAAAAAGCAUCUAUUUUUA